AUGAAAGAGGUUUUAAAAUGGAAACCCCAGGGAAAAAGACCACUUGGCAAGCCGAAACAAAGGUGGAUUGACAAGAUGGAGAAGAAUUUAGCAGAGAUUGGAAUACGAGAUGGAAAAACAACAGCACAGGACAGAGAUAGAUGGAAGCAAGUUUGUGUUGCGGUAAUGGGCCUCAAUGGCCUUUAA